GGUCUGAGAGCAAAAAAAAUUGUAACUGCAAUGGUUUGCGCCAUAGAGCUGAUGCGCCCCUGCAUGCAUUGAAGUGAGGUUUGAAGGCUCAAUUAGCUGCAACAUUUACCAAAAACGACUCAAUGACAAAGAGUGCGAGGCUGCUGCAAUGGACUGUACGAUAAAGGUAGGUGUUUGAACCGUUUUUAAUGCUGCUACCUGAGAGGGGAAAAAUGAAACGACAGGCAGCCACCCACACCAACAACACAAACUACUGCUGCUGAGUGAGAGAGUCGAGGCGGUGAUGCGAGCUCCCCACUCUUUCCUUCUUGUACAAAAUUUCCUCUUCCUUCCCGUUCGUGGUUGUAUGUCGGCUCUAUAAUAACACAACUAACCGCUACAUCUUUACACUCAGAUAAAAACACUAAUUGGUGGCCGGUUGCACGAGCCAGAGAGGAUUUCCAAACGCGCGCGCUUCGUUGUUUUUUUUUUUAAUUUACAAAAUUGCUGUUUUUGAUCGAAGAAAUUCUUUAGAAAAUUAACAACCAAGAACCGCAAACAACAAGAAAACGACGCAGUUAAGAGUUUAGUCAACGAACAUUACCAAACAUCUGAGGGGGAAAAAAUUAUGAGGGGAUGCGAGACUUUAUUGGUGCGUUCACGGCAGGUGUCCCUGAAGGCGCCAUGGAUCCACUUGGACAGUUUGAGCCUGAUUUUAAACAGCAGGAGGAUCCAUUCCCAUCAUAACCGGUAUUUUACAUUUCAUACUUUUACAUUUACAUCUGUUUCUCUCGUUUAACUUUUUUAAAAGAACUCAAAAGAAAAGGCCUUUAUGUCAGGAUUAAAAUUAAAAGUGACUUUCUUAGAAAAGUGACACUCAUUUAUACAAACAAGAGAAAUCUAACUUAUCAUAGUGUCUGAAUUGGGCGACAUAUAUACAGUAUAAAGCCUUAUUUUUGCAUGUUUGUAACAUUGGCCUGUGGAGCUUUUGUGAUAAGAUGGCACUGAAACCCGUCAAACUUUAGAGCAUUAUAAUAAUGGAUUAUAAAUGUCUCAAUUGUUUUUGUAAUAAGAAAGUCGAUCAUGCAAAACAAUACGACUUCAGCUGAUAAAGAUUAUUUUUCGCUUGUUUCGUCUCUUAGAAAAUAUUCAUGCACACGUUGACGCAUUUUGGAUGUGAGUAAUUAAAGGGCCAAUGCAUAAAAAAUGCAACAUCCUGAAACUUAAAUUAACACAGUCAAAUAUGCAUAUUCUUUGUUCAUGUGUUAGCUCUUUUAGUGCUCUUACAUUAAGUCGACACCGAUAAAAAACAUUAUAAUUCAGCUAACUAUUCGCUCAUACUGUGUGGCAGCAGAUUGUGUGUUUGAGGUUAUUUUAAGUCUAAUUUAUAGCUGCAAACGGGAGCAGCACUUGUCAGGUGUCGUUAUCUGAACUCUGCAGGCUUCCUGUCUCAGACCUCAGACUUUCCGCACAAAUUUCCGCUCCCCGACUCGAAAAAAAAAAAAAAAAAAAAAAAGUCGAAAAAGCAACAAAGCCCCUCCAGAAAGAGCUAGAGUGGACAAACUGAGCGCUUUUAUUGUUGAUACACCCUGAGUGUCCCGGGCCUACCCACCAAACAUCGGACGUCGAGGAGACGUGCAGAUUAAGUCAGUAUUGGGUCGGUCCGUCAAAGACCACAUCUAGACGUCACAAUGGGUUAGAAAUUUAGACGUUCGAAUUGGACUUUUUUAGACGUCGCUCUGACGUUUAGAAUUUGGACGUCAUCUGAAGACCAAAUCUAGACGUCAAAACAUGCAAAAUGGAUCAAAGAUUUAGACGUCAUUAUUGGACCUCUUUUAUACGUUGAAAUGACAUCCACAUUUGUACCUCAUCGUCGAAAAAAUACGUUAAAUAAAUGUCAUUCCGACGUCGCAUUGUGGGUAGCUGGGCGCGCGCGGCCCUGCAGAGGCCCUCGCGCUGCCACAGGGAGCCGCGAGCUGUGAAAAACCGCAUCGAUGUUUGUGAAGGCAGAAAGUGCAGCUGCUCAGGCCCUUUGCAAAAUCAGCUUAACUUUUACUUCUGCUUUCUGACACUUGCCUCAGACAUGGCGAGAGCACAGAGUCUUUGCACAACUCGAUCUCUGGCCUGAUACUGUGGGCUACACCUUCUUUCGUGUGAGUGCUGUGUGUUUUUAGAGCAGAAUAGCCUCCCUUAGCCCAGAUAUGAGACAUGCAGAUUGAAGUAUUUAUAGUCAAGUAAGAUGAAACCAUCCAAACUUACCAUGUACUUUAUUUUUCAAAGACUUCCUUAUAAACUCGGUGAAAAUGAAGCUGUUCUGUCCUUAAACUUCAAAAUCUCUUCUUUAGUUCACUUUAAAACAAAACUGAGUGAACGUAAUGCAAAUAACACACUAUGUGAUUAUUGUACUGCAAUGUCAACACAAGCUUAACAAAGUGUAUGUCUUAAGUGCCCUGAAAUGGAACAGGCUUCAGAUAUGCAUCUAAUAACUGGUGCAAGCAUCAAAGUUGUAGUUUACCACAUCCGCGGUUCUUCUUUAUUGCAGUUACUCCAAAGCUCUUUUAGCCAGUGACCCCUUUUACACAGUACAGAAACCCCACAGGUUGCAACAUCACCUCAUGUUUUCUUUGAAUGCUUUUACAGGCCCAAACAAGUGAAGGUGUCUUCUAAUUCACAAGACAUUAAAAGAGAAGAUUUCAUGUCAAAAAUAAAAUUUAAAAAAAAGGAAAAGAGGGGAGAAAUGCUUUUGGGCUACUUUUGACCAGUCUGGUUCGAGUCAAAAUUUGAUUACCAACGCUCCUUAAGUCUAAAAGAAGUUGAUGUUAAAUGUUGUAGUGAACAAUUUUUAAUGACUGCUCAAACACGGGGCAACACUAUUUUUUUUAUCAUUUAGUCAUCAUUCAGCCAAAAGUCACAUAUUAAAUGGUAAGUGAGCAGGCAUAGGCAGGUCUGACCUGCAACAGUCAUUCAGGUUACAUCAGUCUGUGAGUCUCAACAAUGUUGGUCCAGAUUGUCAUGUUUUCCUGAAUUUGUUCAAACUCUUGAAGAAAGGGUGAAAUUAUUGUCAUGAAAAUGUCGAGACAAAAAUAAUCCUAGGUUAAAGCCUUGUCCCCAGAUGUUGAUCCCUUGCUGGAUUCAAGGCAAGCAACCACAACCAGAAAGAAGCUAUUCAUGAAGUUAUUUCAUUUAUUUGUUUUAGUGAUCAGCUUAUUAAAUGUAAAGAUUUUGCACUUUUAAAAUGAGUGUUUUGGGUUUGGAGAGCUGUCUGGUAAUAAGCUGUCGUCACUCUGGUCUCUUAAAAAUUAUAAUAAGCCUUUUCAUGACAUUUUGCCAUUUUACAGGUUAAGUGAUUAUCGUAAAAUGAGGUGGUAGAUUCAGUCAUAGUGAAAAUAACUGUAGGUUGCAGUUCUGCAGACACAGGUGUUUUCUUUGUUCCAUCUUACAGCAGGAGACAAGUUCUUUUUUUUCCUACAACAUCUUUAUCUUAAUGAUUUCAAUGUACUUCACAUUAAAAAAUCAAUCAAAACAUGAUCACUGAUUAAAUUGAUAUCUUUCAGGCAGUAUAAGAAUAAUACUUUAAAAAGGUAGAGAACAUGCUGUUUGCACUGAGGUUUUGUAUUUUCUGACGUUAACAGUUAAAAUGUCAUUAGAAUAAAACACAAGUAUAAAAGUCCAUGUUGUAAGCGGUCUGUGAUCACUCUCUGAGUUCUUGGUUUGGGGUUAGACCGAAUGAUGCAACCUGCAAAAGCUGCUGACAUGAAGCCGAGUCAAAAAACUUUCCAUACAGGACUUCAUGUUUGUGCCCUCUCAGAGAGACACAGAGAAAAGAGGUGUGUUUUCUCUGAAAAUCAAGUCAAACCAAAGUAAGUUUUGAGAACAUCGAGGCACAAGGUAGCACCAGCCUGGAGAAGGUCAUGUUUUUUUAAGUGUUGUUUUGUGUCACUGAGAAACACAUUGAACAGGAAGUCAGUUGUGGCAUUAGCGGUCAGGCCACAUUUGAGUUUAUUUGUAUCAGUGUGCAGAGGAGGAGAGAGAGAGAGAGAGAGAGAGAGAAAGAGAGAGAGAGAGGAAGAUGAAGAAAAAGCGGGAGUGCGUGUUUGCGGUUGUGAAAACAUGAGCUUGUCACUAGAUGUUCUGUGCUGAAAUAUGAGUGUGAUGAACGCAGGCUGCAGGUCACGAUACCAACAGUUCAAAGUGUUGACCUGCUGAAAACAUUUAAAAUCAACUUUAAGCACCGAGCAAAAAUACUCACUGUGAUUAGGCUCAUGAGAGAAGAGUAAAACAGGCGGCUCACAGCCACUUGUUUCACUUCUGCACAGAGAAAAAAAAGGCCUCUGAUGGCACCGUGCAUGUGAGAGGAAGACUGGGGGAAAGAGGACGACAUAACAGAAGUGACAAAACGCAAAUCAGCUGAAGAAAAACAAAAGAGUGUGCUCAAAGGAAGCGGAGGGGAUCCUUUAGAGGCCUGAAAAUCAAUCUAAAUAUCUGCCCAAACACACAGAUUUUAUGCAUCUAGGCUAGCAUGCAAACUUGGAUAUGAAGAGAAUAUUUUUAUCUUUAAAUUUUAAAAGUUCAAGUGUGAAUUAAAGAUCACAACAGAAGUUAAAAGAGCUAUUCUUCAUGAUUCCGGGUAUGAUCGAGCAUUAGGGCCACAAGAAAUAAAAACAUUUCAAAGAUUUAGAUUUUUCUUUCCAAGAUUUAGAAUUACUAUUUUAAUAGAUUUACAUUUUUUUUAAAUCAUUUUCUCACAAGAACAAAACCAUAAUAAAAUCAAAUGUUUAGAAGUCAUAUAAUUACAAAAAUCGUAGUACAGUUGUAAGAAUUAGAGAUGAAGUGAGAUGAGCUUGAAUGUGGCAUUAAUUCUGUAUCGUACCUGAGAGCACAGAGCAAAGACGAACAGCCUUCAGUGAUUUCAGUCAGAGCGUAAAACAACCACUUUAAUCAUUUCAAAAAAUCUGAGCAGCAGGCGCAGACCUGCCAGACCUUGUUGUAUAAACCUUUGUAUUUAGUUGAAUUAAGCUACUUUAAGAUCAACACACCAGAGAUGGUAGGCAGUAUGUUAUGUGGAGUACAGUGCCUGUGUUUCAAUAAUAAAAGUAAAAAAGUUUGGAUUUGCUGCAAUGACUCUAUCUGUGAUAUCGAAGCCCAAGUGGUGAAUUCACACAUUUAUCUUUUUUGCCGUUUUGUCCUGAUAAUGAAUUAACAGUACAGUGCAUAGUUAUUAACAGCAUUAAGUAGAACAAAUGGCCAUGCAAAUUCCACUAGCUGGAAGAUGAAGAUGAGAAGUGCUGAGAGCAAAAUAAAUUGUUUCAAUGGAUCUUUUUGAAUGCAAAAAUCCUGGCAAAUUGAGGAUCAAACUUAUCGUGCAUCUCAGGAGCUUUAUGUCCUUGACGGCCACCGCCGUGUUCAUCAACAGGAAGGGUUAGCAUGGGAGUGGUUCAAUCUAAUCACAAGAUAUGGCUGAAUAUUCCCAUUUCCACACUGAACCUGAAAAAGUGAUUAUUUUCUCCAAUUAAACAUUAAAAUUAAAUUUUUAGCAUUUAGUAUUUAGACUUUCAGUUUUCAUUAAUCUGAGCUGAUUACUCGUUGUUGUUAAUCAGCGCUUCCUUCAGCACACGAUGGCAUCCUAAUAAUGUCUUGUUAAGCCCCACCCCAACAAUGUUCAGUUUACUUUCACAGAAGAGUGAAGGUGACUUUUUUUCCUAAAAAAAAACCUGCACUAAGAGUUUAACAAAUUAUCAAAAAUACAAGUAUUAUUUUACAUCGCAGGGUAAUAGACUUUUUGUUUCAGUUUUAUCUAAUGAAGGGCGUAUCAGACACACCACAAGCAGAGGCAGCAGGUUGUUAAAAUCAUCCAAACUGCUGACUUCUGUCCAAGUUAGCCUGCAGUCUGGAGGAAAUGCCAAACUGUGUGCCAUGCAUUAAGAUGUGGUUUACAAUCCUCGGACAACAAUUGAGCUAAAAAAAAACACACACACAGCCACCAAAAACACAAUGUGGAGGCGGCACUUCAAUCAGGGCUUCACUCCUCUCCCUGUCCAGUGAACCCAACCCUCCUCCCCAGACUACAGGCUUGUUUUCAAGCUUUAAAAUGACCCACAUUUUUACACUGUGCCCCCCUUCUCAUCACCAUUUCCUCUCCCUUGGCCUGUGCCAAAAGGUUCCUCCGCACAUGGCGGCCAGGUUUCCUGUAGGCCACUGAAAAAGCACGCUAGUGACGUACAAGGCCCAAAGACAAUGCUCAACUCCUCUAAACAAACACUCAAACUGCUGCGAUCUCUCUCACACAUACACACUUAAUUUGAGCAGCGGAUAGAACAACAGGUCUGCUGUUUUUGCCCUCAUGAGUGCAGAUUGAGAUGCCAUCUUGGGCUGGUUUAAGGCCUCGCUGUAGAAUGAACACAGGAAGACAGACUAAACAUUGAUUGGGCUCCAUCUUGAGCUGACACCCCCACCCUCACAACCCCAAUCAUAACGACAAAAUUAAAGUGUGGUUACGGUGGCUGAUGUUCUCUAAGAUAACACAGACUCAUGAACGCCUUCACACAGUUUAACCCUUACUCUUGUAUAGUUUUUGAGUGAUUUGAAUAAACUUAUCUCUGCUAGUUAAGACAGAGCUAACACAAAGUUUCGAUCAACACCACUGAACUUUACACUGCCUGAUAGGUAUCGUUUGUGGCAAUAAGCAGAGGGGGGAAAAAAAACUAGUGGAGCUGAUUUACAUCUUGACAAAUCUAGGUGAAUUUUGAAGAUCAAGUCAUGCAAAAUAGUCGCAGCCAUCAAAACGUAGCACACCUCUGCUUAAGUGCAACUUGCUGCAUUUCAAAAUAGUGCAAAAAGAUGUAGGUGGCAGGGGCGUAUCUAGACUUUUUCAACUGGGGUGGCCGAAUGCAGAGGUUGCACUAAGUACAUGUGCAUGCACUAAUAAAAAGCAUUAAUUUACCCUCUCUGUUUCUACUAAUUAAAUCUACUUUGAUUUCUUACAUCCACCCAUUAUACAGUUAUGUUUUUGUCAACAUAUAUAAGGGAUGUGUUUGUUUAGCUGACCAUGAAACAAUCAAAAUGUCGUCAUCCAAGCUAGUUAGCGCCAGAAUUCAAAGUUGGUAAAACAGUUUACUAAUAUUCUCAUAAAUAAUUGUUGGCACUGGGGAUGCACUGAUCCAAUAUUUGGCUCCAAUAUUGACGAAUUAACUGGAUUGGAUAUCGGAUGAAAGACACCUAUCCAGUGUUCCGAUCCAGUUUUUUUUUUCUUUUAAUACACGGAAGUCUUACUUCUUUUGCUGUGUACUAUUUGUUAUUUGUUAAUAAAUAAUAAAGUAAAUUUAUAUCGGUGUUAAUUUGUUACCUUUUUUUAACAAGGCUAAUGUCAAGCCUGACGCCUUCACUCACAGAGCAAGGUAUACAGUUCAUCCAUUCAACAGUAGUAUUGGAUCGUAUCGGAUAUCGGCCGAUACGCUCAGCCCAGUUAUCGGUAUCGGAUUUGGUCGAAAAAAAAAAGGAUCGGUGCAUCUCUAACAGCCACAAGCCACUAGCCAAAGCUACUACCAUGAUGUGACAAUGCUCUACUCAGAAGUAGACAGAUAAUAGAUGACAUCUUGUUGCCUGAUGUGAAUUGGCAGUAUUUAGAGCUAGAAAAUAGAGUUUAAAGGUUUAUCUGGAUAACCUGGCAUUUUAUCACCUGAUGGCUGUUAACCCACCUGGUGAUAAAUAAUAUAUAUAAUAUGGUUUAUUCAGACUCUGUCAUUUGUGUUUUGUGUGAAACUGUGGUCGUCUGACUGUUUGAAGUAUUUUCUAAAUACAUAUUUUAGUUCAAACGAGGAAAUUAGCUUCCACAGGACAUCCCUAACACACAUUUCUAACUUUGGAAAGAAACACUACAGGAUGACCGCUGUAAAAAUCUCGACGUUAAUUCUUUUAUGACUCUUAAUCAAGUUUUCCCAGAGCCACAACUCAAAAGCAGCGUGCUGUAAAAUUGCAAACGUUCUCCUACACGCUACUUGUCUAUUUGUGCUACAGACAGAGAUAAUGCACAGAAAGCAACAAGCAUCUAGUCGCAACAAUGUCCCAAAACAUCCAUAAUUAGGAUUUUAGGGCUGCCUUUGAAAUUUUUGCCACCCCUGACGAGCCCUUUGGACACACUCCUGAUCAGUGGAUCAAACAAUCACUCCUUCAAAUAAAAGGGAGUUUUAUCUUAUUUUGUGAUUAUGAUCGCGUCCAAGGCCAAUUUAGGAUCAAGUUUUUAUGUUUGGAGGAUUAUCUUAAAAGUUAUUGGGAUAAAUCAUGUUGUCACUCUCUUUUUUUCUUGUUGCAAACACUAUUUUUACUGGAUGUGAUAAAUAGACACAACUUUCUCCAAAUAGAUUGUGUGAAAAAUAUGGUGGUUGAUUUUGAUAAUCUACAAGAACAAAAUUUACUAUAAUUUUCCUCUGAACUCUCUGGAAAAAUGGAGAUCUGAUUCUGUUUAAGGUCUUGCCCCAAAAGUUUUUAUCAUCUUUUAAGUUAAGCUCUUUGUUCGUGUUUGCUGUGGCAUCUUCAGUCUGAGAGAAAACAGCCAGAAAAAUAGCCAACACUGACCGCUGUGACUGUGUUGGACAGGAAGCGCUGUCCGUGGUGAGUGAGGAUCAGCCCAUAUUUGAACCGCCGUACACCGCAGCCCCGACCAUGCACAUGAAGACUGAGAUGACGUCACCAGGCGGUUUCAGCCAGACGUCAAAACAGAGUCCUGAACCUGCCGAGUCCGAGUGGGUGGGAUCGGGGACGCAGAACUCUGGGAAAAGAGGCGAACACGUCAAUGGGACCAGGUGAGUCAGGACUGAAUGAGGCACGAGGGAGCGCAGGUUCCCGGAUUAUUUGAACAGACUUUCCUCACAAUCCAGGUCAGAAGUCGGGGAAUUUCCAAGUCCUAAAACUGUUUACCGUUCACUUAUCAAAUGCAUCCUUUUGUUUUUUGAUGUUUCAACAAUUAACUGUGAAAAUGUUUGAGUCCUGAGAUCAUAAUGGAGGUUUUGAUGUCAUGAUGAAAUAAAUAAUGUCAGAGCUAGAAAUAAAAUUAAGAAAAAUUAACAAACUCUCUUUGAAAAAUACAAGUACUUUACUUGAUUUUUUCUAAUCUAUGAGCUUUUGGUUGGGUAGGUGCACCCUAAUACAAAUAGUAUAACUGAAUAAUGUCAGUGAAAACUUCUGAUUUUUUCACCCCAACAGUUAUAACGCAGAUAAACUCUCUACAUUUUGACAAUGAGCCUCAACAUUUAAAAAAUUUUAUGACAUUUUGUAAAAAAAUGUGUUUUCCGGUUUGACUAAUGAAAGCUCAAUCAACAAAAGGUACUUUUUCAUCUAUUUUAGUUUCCAUAAAGUGGCUUCUCUGCAAACAGUUUUGGCCAUUUUCAUGCAUCACUUUAAAAAAAGGAACAUGAAGGUGUAAGAAAAUAUAACACCUCUCACAGAGGUGCUAGAAAGCUUUUGACAGCCUGCGAGUCUUUGUGAAAAAAAUGGUGAGGGGUUUGAUGAAGUAUGAAAAACACAUAAUCAAUAAUUAACUCUGAAGUCAAGUGAGUCACAUCUGGCUGGUCAUCAAUAAUCCCUAAAAAAUGUCUAUUUUAGCAACAGAUAAAGUCAAAAAUCUUUUUUUCCCAGAUGAAAGUAACAAAAACAAAAAAGGAAGAAUUUCCGAAUGAAGAAAAAAAGAAUAAAAAUAUUAAACCAAACUACUUCAAAACAAUUCACUUCAAGUUCAUCACUGUUGGCCUGAUAACCGAUAAGAAGGGCAGGACUGUGGGUUACUACAGCUGUUGAAACUAGCUCCAUCUGGAUGGAUUAUCAAUCUAACAGUGUCCGCUGGAAUCACAGGAGGUAGAUCUGUAUAGAGCGAAAGAUAAUCUCAAAAAAGUGAAAUUCUUGUAUUGAAUUAUUCCCCUAAACUGCUGGACUGUAGAGAAGUGUAAAGACACUGAAUGAGACAUGUACUCUGCUCUGUCUGUCAUAGCCGUGCGUCCCCUGUGGACUGCAGCGUCACCAAACGCUCUAGACACAUGAGCAACGACGGAGCCCCGAUGCCAUACCAGACCUCUUACUCAGAGCCUCGAGUCAGCCCCCAGACCACCACCCCACCCAGCAGCACCACAGAGGAGAAGAGGGUCAUCGUCCCUGCAGGUGAGCUGAAAUAUCACCCAUAAACACAUCAUAAGACAGACUGCAUAAUACCAAUAACCGAAUCAGAAGGAGCCAUUUUGAGGAGUGGUCUGACUUAAAGUAAGCUACACUUGUCGAGGAAUAAAAUUACAUCGAAAUGAGGAAGAAAAAAACAUGCCUUUUUAUAUUUCAAAGUUUUUCACUACAAAUUAAAGCCAAAAGACGAUCAGGUUUCUCAGUCUUGCAUUUGGUUUGAACACACAUCAUAUCAUCCCACGCUUUAACUCGUGCAAGUCACACCACGCAGAUAUAGUCUUUUGCUUUUAGUCUGCACACAACUUCACCGAUCCCAAACUGCGAGUGCCAGCUCUGUGAUGCAUCAGCUAAAGAGCGGCAGGGUUGCCUGUGGUUUCCUGGUGAAGCACGAUAUCAGGGUUUAAUGUGAAUGCUAUUUAAAAAGUGUGAAACCUGAAGUUUAAAGUCAGCACUUAAAACCUGUGAAGAUUUCAAGGUAGAUAAGUGAAAAGUCGGUGUUGGUAUUUUUAAUUUUAGUCAUCCUGCUUGCAGCUGAAAUCACUUUAUUUAUGCGAACGGCCACAAUCUGAGAAGAAGUACAACAAAACCUCUCUUAAUGAUCGGGUUUUCUUGUCACUGUAUGGAUAAUAACGGUUGUUCUCCUGCUAACCAGACUCUUUUCUUCUGUUCUCCUCUCAGUGGUGGAAUGAGUCACUAAACUCUAUUAGAUCGAUAAGACCCAGCUCUUUUGAGAAAACCUACACACUUAAGCACAGCCCUACUCGUCUAAAGUCUCUAGUGGUAGAAUAAAUUACCAAAUCAAAUCGGCGCCACACAGUCCCUUUCUCCUUUUGAGCCAUCUUUAGACGCCACGACUCGGGACUUGGUAGUUUGGUGCUAAAGAUGACUUUGAUGACCGUGACGCUGAUGGUGAGGAUAGUGAGGUUUCAUGAUAGUGAUCAUCUGUUGAUCCGUUGCUAUGGUGAUGGCAACAUAAACAAUAACAUAACAUAAAAAACAGCUUCUACCUACUCUGUGCAUCAUCAGCUGCACUGCAUGACAGCCUAACUGUGUCUAAACAGACUUAAAGCAGUUGUAUGUGGCUCUUAAUCAUGUCGCUUUCCUCAUGUCUGCAUCUCUGCCUGGGUUUUUUUUUUUUUUUUUUUUUACCUACGAAUAAACGGCCGUUUGGAGAAAAGCACCUGCUAAGACAGGGGUGUCAAACUCAACCACAGCAAGGGUCAUAAUCUGGAUUUAGGUCUAACCUGAGGGCCAAACAGGGUCAACAUUUCACCAAAACUGUCAACCUCCUUUUCAAAAAAUAUGCAAAACAAAAACAGCAAUGAUUAGAAAUCAUUUGGAAAUUAAAAAAACAUUAAAAAAAAAAAAAAGUUUAAAGGCAAUCUGAGAUAGAAUAAUUUACUUUAUUUUUAUCUUUUAUUCUAUUUUUAUUUAUUAGUUCAAAAGAUCAGAGCAUGAUAUUAAAAAUAGAAAAAUAAUGCUUUUAAAGAGCAAAUACACGAGAACGUUGAAAUCAGGUAUAAAAGGUCAUAAUAUGACUUAAAAUUUAAAAUUGGAUUCUAAAGUAUAAAAAUGACACAAGUCUAAAUACUGAUUGAACAAAAUCAAAGCAUGAAAUAGAAAAUCCAAUCAUGUUUGACUUGUAAUCUUGAAAUGCAAAAUUGAAAACAUGAUAUAAAACACCAAAUAUUUUCCCCCACAUUCUUGACUAUUUAUCAAAUCUUCCUUACUCUUUAAUUUCCCAGAUUUUUGUGGUUUAUUAAGAACAUUUUAAAUAAUGGUGCUAAAGUUUACAUUAUCAUACUGGAGGAAAUCUGCAGACUUCAUACUGGUGGGCCAAUAAUAAUACAAAUAUGAUAUGAUCUUGUUGGCCAGAUAUAUUUGUUCCACGGGCCAGAUUUAGACCCCGGGCCUUGAGUUUAACACCUGUGUGCUAAGACAAACUUAAGCAUUUGAAUAUUGUUUGGCUUGAAUCAAACUAAAGUUAACUACCAUAUAUGCUGUUGUCUGUUGAAUGUAACUGUGAGAACAGAUCAAAUAUGAGUCAUUAAUUUGAGACAAAAAUUGAGGAGUUGAAAAAAAAAAAAUUAGGACUCCUCUAUAGUGUUUUUUUUUUUUUAAGUAACAUGGGUGUUUUUGUAUAAUUUCAUAUAAUUCAACUCAUAUGUCAACACUUUUCCUCCAGCCAAACAUGGAUCAAAAUUUUCCUUUCUUUCAGAGGAAAAUCACUGACAUACUUUGAGAGAAGCAGCAGUGCGGUCAUUACUUUCAGACUGUACUCAUCCUGACUGAAUGAAUCACUAGUCUUACUAAUUGUAACUCAGCCAGAUUGCAUGUUUUACACUGUUAAUGCUCUGUCUCUCUGUCUCAUUUCUCUUACACUUGCCAUACUUUUGGCCUCAGCUCACUGUGACGCGUUCACAUGUAUGUUUCAGUGAGUCAGUCUGUGGAGGGAGACCAUAUGAGAUGUUACUUUGGACAGUCAGGUGCAGAGGAAUCUGUAUACACAAUUCAUAAAUGAGUCACAGAGUUAUUCUCCUUCAUAAUACAUGGAUGUUACAUCACAGCAGCAUGUGUGAAACGAGAACAAUCAGGACUCGAGGGUGUAGCCUCUACAGCUCCUGGCGAAUUUUACGGGCAUUUCAAAGCUACUGGAAAGUUCCCAGCGGCUGUGACUUGAAACUACUGGAAAUGAGUCUGCUGCAUCUGAAUUAGACUGGUGGUAUAUUUUAAGCACUGGACUGAGUUAUUGAGGUCAACUUAAACAUAAAAAACAGCUUCAGUAAACCUAAAUAUGUAUAUUUAGUAUGGAUGACUACACUAAGUCACAGGAAAACGUAGCUCUAAUACCUCGUUUAAUAAGUUUUAAACAGCCACCAGGUUAUGAUCGUUCCCUUUCCUCAAACUUUUCUCUGAGUCACUGUGACACUGAUAUAAAACCACAGACUGUCUUUCACUUGCUUUUUUAAAAGGGCUGACAACAUCACAGGACAAAUUCAAAGAUGUACAAGAUUUCUGCUGAUGAAAGUAGUUAAAUCUACGUCAUUACAAGAACAAACAGAUCAUACUUUGCAAAUCGUACACAGUGACUUUUUCUCUUUUAGCUUUUCAUGGCUGUUUGCUUCAAAUCUAGACGAAACUUUAGAAAAAGUCAAAUGUAUGAAAAUAUUGUGACUCAAGCCUCAUUUGGAUGAACACUGAAAGGAGUCUCAAACCUCUUCACACCCCCUGGGGAGGCAACAGCCUUAUAAUAUCUGAUUUUAUUUGUUUACUUCCUCAAUACUGUGCCAACCAGGAAAGCAUCAGUAGGCAGCGGCAUGUGAGCCUCAGUAACAGAAGAGAAGUUUUGUACCAAUAACUUCCUCUUCCUUUAUUGUAUUAAAAAAAUCAACUCGCAGAUUAAGUCUGUUUUCAAUCUGAAAAAUACGUUUCAUUGGCUUUUGAUUUUUAUCACCUUUCAGACUUUCAUACAUGUGAAUGAGAAUUUGAGUUUCACUACAGGAAACGGAUUUUAGAGACAUGAUUUUCUGGUUAAAAACGUCAUAAAACGUUCUUUCCUCCAUCUUUGAGUCAUUUUACAUUCUCUAAAAAAAAGCAAAAUUAGGCCAGAGCAUUUGGAAACCAGCUGCUAUCAUGCAAAUGAACUUAGAUGUGCAAAUAACAAAGAAGCUUAAGAAUCGUGUGUACCCCCAUUAAAGUGAAGCAUCAAAGCAGCCAAGUUUGACCAAGUUUCAUUUUUCGUAUAGAAACUACAGUUUCUAAGAAAUCUGAGACAUCUUUUAAGGCAUGAAAAUCAUCUCUUCUGGUUUCAUUUUGAUAAGAUGGAAUAUCCUAAAGCCUUUAGAAAUGACACAUUUUUAAUUCAUAAUCUCUGUAAGUGUAGUCUUUAACUCCAGCACACACAGUUAAGGGUGCUGUAUGGCGACUAUCCAAAACAACUUAGUCGCCGAGAGGCUGAGUAGGGGGAAACGAUACCUUCCCCGACGUGCUGGCUGUAUAAGCUUCAAUGAAUAGGCUGUAUCUCCGUUUGUAGUUUUAUUAUGCAAAAAAGACGAAGCACUUACAUGAAAACAAAAGGGGCCGUCGUUCAACACCAGGCGAAACAUAAGCGAAAAAGCAGAAAAAUGAAAAAUAAGCGGUCAGCAAAAAGUAGGACUUCCCCAUUCACCCCCUCUCCAUUCAUCCACAAAACCCACCAGGUGAACAGCUGACUUCACUACUACCAGUGCUGUCAGACUACCUCCACCCCCACCGCGUGACUCUCAUCCCCGUAUAACCACACAAUACAAAUAUUAUAAAAGCUCAUGGCUACCACAAAGAACUGGCGUCUACAGGUGCUGUGAAAUCUAUUAUGUCAAGUUAAGAAGUUAUACCAAGAAUUGAGAUCAGUUUUAUGUGACAUCUCUUUCCAUGACUUCUACGCCAGAGCAGACCAGCAUCUUCAUCAGCUCAAAGUAUAACUGGAGUGUAUUUAUUUCUCUGCUUGUAAUGUCAGAUCCCGAGGUGUGGACACAGGACCAUGUUCGGCAGUGGUUAGACUGGGCCAUUAAAGAGUAUGUCCUGGAGGAGGUGGACGUCAUGCUCUUCCACACACUGGACGGCAAAGCGCUAUGCAAGAUGACCAAAGAGGACAUGAUGCGCCUCACGUCGGCAUACAACGCAGACAUCCUGCUUUCACACCUCAGUUACCUCCGACAGAGUAAGGCUCGCCUCGUGUCUGAAAUUCCUCUCUCUCUCUCCGGCUGAUAACAUUGUUGAGGUCAAACAAAGUAAAAGUUCCUCAUUGUUUUACCUGUGUGUAAACAGGAUCAGAAAUAGAAUCAUAGGUGUCUGAAAUAGAUGUCGCUGAGGGGAAUGGAGCCGCUAAUGGACUUUAAACUGAAAACCUUUAUGCUAAGAUGAAGCUGAUUUCAGUAACAUUGCAUUUUUUGCUCUUUACAUCAGGCAGCCCGACAUUCUCCUACCCAACAACUCCCACCAACAACACGCCGCCACCUCCAGCACCACAGCCCAGGCUACAGGUCAAAGCAGGUGAGAUCACAUGACCUCUCAAAACCUUUCAACCUAACGCGGAACCCGCUUUUAAUCACCGAUUUAAAAAAAUAAAAACACAUUAACAUGAACUUCUGAAUCUGAACAAUACUGGGAAGGCUGGAAUCCUUAUCAGGAAAUCAGCCUUCCCAGUAAGGGAAGUAUACGAAACUAUUAAAUAUGGAAGUACUCAACUAUUCCUCACUUUCGAUGGGGCCUUAGGUAUGAUAGGCAAACUUCCAGAUCAUUUUGAAUUGAACAUUGUGAAGCUUAAACUAGUUAUCAGUUAACCUGACCUCAGUUUUAUGUUGGGAAAAUAACAGCUUUUUAGAUUUACAGCCGUUUUAUAAAACAAGAAUAAAAAAAAGAGAGAGCAAGAGUGAGUUGUUAUUAGCUAUAACGGUGUCCACACACACAAAAAUUAUGCAUCCCUAAAAUUAAUCAAACUAUUUUAAUGUGUCCAGAAAGAAAAAAAUUAGAUGACAUUAAAAAAAAUGUACUGAUAAGUCCAAUAUGUCCUCUGAAACAUCACUUAAUAUCUCAUUAAUUUAUACCACUCCUCCCUCUUUAUAACUGCCCUCUCACCUUCGGCCAAAGGGCAGCAGGAGCUGGGGCUACAGCAGGAUGAAAGACUGGUUCUCAACUUGCACGUAUGCUUGUAUGAGACUUGUUUAAUUGAAAGGAGUUUUUGUUCAGGAUCUAAAACCAGGCAAAAAAAAGUCUGUUGGGUGUCCCACCUCCAAAGCUGAUCAUAAACACUUUUUAUUUGGACAUUUGUUGUUAAGAAUAAGAAUAACUAUUGAUCCCCGAAGGGAAAAUCAAUAAAACCAUUAUAAUGAAUAAAAUAAUAGAUGAUAAAAUAAUAAUAAAAAUAAAUAAAAACCAUUUCAAAACUUCUUCACAUUUCUCUCCCCUGUGACUGCCAUCUUUGUUAAGUUCACUAAACAUCAAGCUGACCUUGUUGGGUCUGCCACCCAAACAAAGCAGCUGUUGAAUAUAAUUGAACUGGAAGAACCCACAUCCUCUUUAGCACAAGCUCAUGGUUGAAGGACUUACUGUCCUUUCUUCACUUAAAAAAAAGUUCAUACUCAGGCAGAGGAUCUGUGAAGACAUUUCACAAAAUCUGGGACUGUUGUCACUCCUACUUCAUCAUCACCAUUAUUUACUUCUUUGGUCAUUAAUAAAUCUAAUCAUAUUUGCUAAGAACACAGAACUUAACUAUGUGAAUGCAUCUAAAAUAAUUGAAAAAGAGCAAUGGUACAUGUUUUUUUUAGUUUGACCCAAACAGAAGACAUUUAAUUAGAUUUCUUUAACUUUUCUUCACUUUUUGUCUAACUGCCACCAUUUACUACCAGUCUUAUUGUUCAGAUUUGUCUGGAGGUUUCGGGGUGUGAAUAAAAACUCUGGGACAUAUUCUCAAAUUCAUCAGAUAACAGUGAACGACUUGAAUGAUUUAAGUUUUGAAAAGCCAAAGAGAGAGUUUCAGAGACUGUGUUAUACAGUUUCUAGAGUUAACAACAGUUCUUUGGCACAGCACAGGCCUCAGUUUACUGAAUGUUGAUGAGUCCAAAACUCAACAGCCAGUUUCAGACAGGAAACAGCUGCACCGGCACAGGAAAUGGGGGGUAUGGGUCUCACUCCUGGGACACAAUUCGCAAUCUUGUGGAGACAGAGGUGGUCUGAACAAAAGAACGCUCACCACAGAAACCGUGGGUCAUCUUCAGACCUCCAAACUCUUAUUGUCUUAGUCACCAUUUACUGACUUCCUUCCUGUUAUGGCUGAACUGUCCACUUCAAAGACUUGAGUGCCACAGGCUCAUCAGUAUCUGGUCUAAUCCUGGUGUUUUUGGGGGGUGUUUGCAGAGAGCAGUUUUGACGAGAUCAGCCGUAGGAACAGCUGGCCAGCAAACACCAUGACCGCAGUGCCAAAAGGUAUGACGACUAAAAUCUGAGUGGUAUAAAACCAAACGUUGGAAAUGUUCACACAGGAGUAACUGUAACAGAUUGACGCAGAUUAAGAUACAACAACAGUCUUUACUUUCAUUUGUAGGACCCUCAAUGGAGCACCAACACAACAGCCGCGUUACAGAGUCUGCUCCACGAAUCGUGCAAGGUAUGAAGGCAGUCUUUAAAUUCACAACGAAUAGAUCUUCAUCACUACAACUGAGAGAGGGGGGUGAUGCUGUAUGUUUCCACUGACUGUUCUGUUAAUAAGGAUGUAAAACAACAUUGAUAUACUUGAGCAUUGUGAGAUUAGUAAAAUACAGGUUCCACUGUACCGAUGGGGUUAAAAAUCUAACUAGCUGUUAUAUAUUUAAAUGAUUAAUAAUAUCGUAUUCAUGUGGACAGGAAGUGAUGCUGAGAUACUAAGUCUGAGCUGUGGCUCUACCUGCUACUAGCCAGGGCAAUAGCUCCAAUUUAGAGUGUAUGGAGGCUGUGUGUGGUUCGACAGAGAUAUAACCAACUGGGGUUGUUAACCUCCCAAGAGUACCAUGAUGUAGGGCUGGGUGGUAAAACAAAAACUCACCAAUACCAGAAUUCACGACAAUAACUGAUGUCAUUUUGUCCAUAUUGGUAUAUUCGGAGUCAAAGUAAAUAAAAAAAUAAAAGUUGGUUAGGUAGGCUAUGGACUCAUGUCCCUUUAAGACGCUGUCCUACGUUGGAGACAUGACUCCACCCCAUCCAGUCCGUAACAAAGAGGGAAAGACAGGUGAAGAGAUGGAGGACAGUUCAAAAGUUGUAACGGCUGGAGCUGCGUCUGAAGUAGACGAAGUUAAUGUUGGAGUAGUUAUCGUCUAUUUAUCGCUAUUGAGGUGAACUGCUCAAUAUAUCAUGAUAUUGAUUUGAGGGCAUAUCACCCAGCCCUACCAUGCUCCCUCUGCUUACAUUACCACACUCUGCAAACCAUUUGACAUCGUACAUCCACAGACACUGAUCCUGUGUUAAGCUGCGUGAUAUACACGGAGCCCAAUUUUGAUUUUUUUUCUUACUUCUAGAUUAGUUGGUUUGUGAAAAUCCUGAGACAGUGCUCCACCUGAAAGAGAUCUUUUCAGAUGCUUAGCAGGUCAUCUACACGCUCCAUACAAAGAAGUUACAGUCCUCAGUACAGCAGCUGCUGGUCUUCCAGCUUCGUCCCACGAUCCAAAGACAUGCAUUAGGUUAACUCAUGACUCUAAAUCCUAGUCCACACAUUGGCAGGUCUUUAUGGAAAACUGAGGUUCCCUUCCUCUGUUUUUAGAAGAUAUCCUGUCAACACAACAGCACAGAAGUAGUUGAAUAUGCUCAAAUAAGCAUACCAGACCAGCAGGUGGUGAUAUUGUAUAAUCAGUCUGUCUCUACAAAUACCAUAGCAGAACACUGUGCAUGAAUAUUGAGCACUUCUACACUGUAUACAGUCAAGGAUUAGAAAUGUUGAGUGUAAUAAACUUCGAGUAGAUUUCAUACCACAGCAGAGAUGUAGGCUGUGAUUUUACCCAUCAUUUGAAAGCUGAGCUUCAGGUAGAUUUCAGAGGACACAAUUAUAUUUGUAAGAAAGGAUAUCUGAAUGAUCUUUGUUUUUCCUCCCCUGCAGACCCCUAUCAGACAUUAGGGCCCAUCAGCAGUCGACUAGCCAACCCAGGUAAGAAACUAAACCAACACAAGAUCAGCAGAACAAGAGAGACACAAAUGAGGCCUUUACACUGUCUGCUUUGGCAACAUAAGAGAAGCCAGCAGGGCAGGAACUCACGCACUGGCUGUCCAAAAUAUCACAGUGAACUGCUCCACGCUUAUGCUGAGACAAAUCUGGCUUCCCAGUAUCACCAAAAAUGACUGUUUGCCCUGCUGUUUCCUCACAGAAGGCCAAGCCCUCAGCCCAUCCAAGAACCGAACAGGCAAACAAAGUCCAUACAAGCUGCCUGACCCCAGCGCUCACAGGCCUGUGGGUAGGUUUCUGCCCUGAUUUCUGUCUUUUUCCAAACCAAACAGUGAAAAGGUCACAUUUGCCAGGGAAAAGUAAACUGGAUUUAGAGGUAGAUAUGUUACAACAUGUUUCAGAAAAUAAACUCAUUCAUGACAAGCUCCUUUGUUGGGGGGAAAACAGAGGAACUGUCCAGGGUCCUGGAAUAACAAGCUGCAUUAACACAAGGGGUGAUAUUUUUGCAAAGAUUCUUUUAAGGCGACCUGGUUUUUAUGGCGUGAACUGAACCUCACGGGGGGUCAGUCUAAAACUCUGCCCUGUUCACUACAAAACCUUCAACUUCUCCUAAACAAGAACAUAUUUCUAUUUCCUAUCAUUACUAAUGGUUUUGAGUAUUUUACUUUAAACUUCAAAUACAGUUGUUCAAAAUGUUUUUAUUAUCUAGGACUCAGUCUUGGACUAAUAGUAAGAAUUUUAUGUCCUGAAUCAGUUUCUCUACAAAUGUUUACAUUCCUCACUGGUGAUCAGAUUAACUUUUUGGAGUAAGUGUCUAAUAAGGGUGUUUGAUGUUUUUUUUUAAAUACAUAAUGUUUUCUAACAGGGAUGCACCUUAUUAUUGGCAUAAUAUCUGCAGAUAACAGCUUAAAAAGUCAGUUAUCGGCAGACAAGUUAUGAUUAUCUAUGUCCACGUGCUAUGAAGUGUUGGAAACAAUAUCUAUCAAGAUGGACACAGGCAUCUCUAGUUUUUAACUGGUUAUAGUGAGUGAGUUCUUCUGCUAUAAAGAAAAUACAGAUAAUCUAUGAGGAGUUUGUGCAAGUCAGGUGGUCAAUUAGGAGAUUUUUUUAUGAUAAAAGGAUAUGUCAUGUCCUGAUGUGUCUCAUACGGCUUUCUGGGCCAACUACAUUACCCAUCCUUUCUUUAUAGAACCAUUUAUUCUUAAACAUUCAAUUAAGAACUCAAAAUUUUAUGAUUUAACUGUUUAUACAGUUAUAAUUCUAAAUUUUUAUGUAUUUCAGCCAACAGAAACACAGCAGUCAGAUCUGGGUUCUUCAACUCUCUCUUUGUUUGUCUCUCUCUGCAGGUUCAGGGCAGAUCCAGCUGUGGCAGUUCCUCCUGGAGCUCCUAUCAGACAGCAACAAUGCCAACAUCAUCACCUGGGAGGGCACCAACGGCGAGUUCAAGAUGACUGACCCGGAUGAGGUGGCCAAACGCUGGGGAGAGCGCAAGAGCAAGCCCAACAUGAACUAUGACAAGCUGAGCCGCGCUCUGCGUUACUACUACGACAAAAACAUCAUGACCAAAGUGCACGGGAAGCGCUACGCCUACAAAUUUGACUUCCAGGGCAUCUCGCAGGCACAUCAGAAUCAUGGAGCAGAGGGAGGCAUUGUUAAGUACCAGACUGAGAUGUCAUACGUUCAGCCGUACCACAGCCACCAGCCCAAAAUGAACUUCAUGAGUGGUCAUCCUGCACCCAUGCCUGUCUCCCCUGGGAACUUUUACGGCCCUCCGUCAACUUACUGGAGCUCAACCAACAGUACAAUCUAUCCAGGGUCAGCCAUGACCAGACACCCUGCCUCUCACUCUCACCUGAGCUCAUACUACUGAGGACGUUGUAUUUCACACAUAAACCCACUUAACACAGGAGACAAGCCUGAAUGUGCUGGAAAACAAGAGCACUCUCCAACCGGGACACACCUGAGCUGAACCCUGUCUGAACUGAAGGUGAUAUGACGCUACGGUCUGUUUUGACAAAGGCAUUAUGAAAAGUUUUUCCACAUUCAACAUUAAAACAGGACAAAAUGUGAUGAAUGAAAAGGAUUUCUGUAUACUCGUCAAGACUUUCACUUUUCACUGAUGACACACUGUAUUAACAUCUGUUCAAAUGUUAUGAAACCAAGUUUAUUUUGUAAGUACUUUGUUUGAUAGAACCUGUAAAGGACACAGUCAUAAUCUUUACCGAGUAGCACCACGGUUUUGUAACCUUUUUCUUUUUUCAAUUUAAGGGUCAAAACUGCAGAUAUCACAUUAAACGACCUGACAUUUGUAAAGGAGAAAUUGUACAGAAUUACCGUUUUGUAGCGAUGUAACAUUUACUCAUGAUGUAAAGCUAAUAAAUGAUGCUUGUAUCAUAAAA